AUGCACAUCCUCCCGCUCCUCUCCCUGCUCGCCCCCGCCGCCGCCGAAUAUCUAGACUGGCGCACCCACACCGUCCACGGCGUGAACCUCGGCGGCUGGCUGUGUCAAGAGUCCACCAUUGACAGCACCUGGUGGGCCGCCAACUCGCUGGGCGCCCCGGACGAAUGGGGUCUCUGCGCCAACCAAGGCCCUGCAUGCUCUAGUAUCCUCGAGCGGCGGUACGCCAGCUUCAUCACAACCCGCGACAUCGACACGCUCCACGCCGCCGGCAUCAACACCCUCCGUAUCCCCACCACCUACGCCGCCUGGGCCAAGGUCCCCGGCUCCCAGCUCUACAGCGGCAACCAGCUCUCCUUCCUCCGGAGCCUGUCCUCCUACGCCAUCGCCCGCCACGGCAUGCACGUCAUCAUCGACGUGCACUCCCUCCCCGGCGGCGUCAACGGCAUGCCCUUCGGCGAAGCGGAGGGCCACUACGGCUGGUUCCACAACGACACUGCCCUGGCGUACUCGCUGGAGGUCAUCGACGCGGUCAUCGACUUCGUGCAGACCUCCGAGCAUCCAGACGGGUACUCCAUCGCGCCGAUCAACGAGCCAGUCGACAACACCGACAUGACGGCGUUCGGGACCCCCGCUGCACUAUCGGACGACGGGGCCGCCUGGACGCUGCAGUACCUGCGGGCGGUGAUCGACAAGGUGGAGAAAGUGAAUCGCCAGAUCCCCGUCGUCGUGCAGGGCAGUUUCCGGCCCGUCAGCUUCUGGUCUGGACACUUCGCCAACACCACGAACCUGGUCUUCGAUGUGCAUAAUUACUAUUUCGCGGGGCGGCGGGCUACCGGGGAGAAUAUCACUGAGUAUAUCUGCGAGGAUGCGGUUGCGUCGGCCGGGGAUGGCAGGUUUCCGACGUUUGUGGGCGAGUGGUCGAUUGAGGCGGAGAAGGGGAAUACGUUGGCGGGGAGGCGGAGGACGUUGAAUACGGGGUUGUAUGCGUUUGGGGAGCAUACGAGGGGGAGUGCGUACUGGACGGCGAGGUUCUCGGGGAAUGCGACGGUGGAUGGAGAGGGGAGGCAGAGGGAUUAUUGGAACUAUAUGGCGUAUGUGCAAGGGGAUAUGAUUCAUCCGGAGGAGGGGAGGGGGGUUUGUUAG